UAAAACAUCUGAAUCCAAACUGUGAAAACUAAUGUGGAAGUGAAAAAUAAGGUUUGUCUAAUAAAUAACUGUGUUACUUUCGUCCCCACAGGAACUCUUGCCAUUUUAUACUUAAGGAUGUGUUAUUGCACUAAAUAACCUGUAGAUUGAUCAUUAGUGUGACACAUGAUAUCAGAAACACAACUUGUAAUAUGGAAAAAAAGAACCGAUACGAUAAUUCUGCACUUAAAAGCUGAAAUUGGGACCUAACCGCCGGACAUAGUCCCAAAAUCAGCUGAUAUUUGGCAGCUCCAUGAAGGGUUGUGCUGUUAUAGCCUGGAAAGCAAAUGUUGUCAGGCUUGUUCCAUGUUACUUUCAUCCCUGCUCUCCCCUAAUGCAGAAAUUUUCAUUACGUUACUGUGUGUUUUGGCUGUUAAGAAGCUUUUUAUUAUUUACUAAUCUUAUCUCUUUGUUUUACAGUGCUUUACAGUGUGUUUGCCAUCGUCAUCAGUGUCUAUCGAUCUUCUACUUCUUCUGUAUUUCGUCAUUGCAUUUGUCAUCAGCAUGUCAACCAUUGAUUUUAACCAUCUUUCCAACCUGAUUCCUGCCUCUCUGUCACCUGAGAGCGCAGAAGAGCUCGCCACGGCCCUCUCCACCGGCCGCUGGUGGGCUAUCAUGGAGGUUUUACACCCCAUCGAUGAGGAGCGUCAGUUUGACUUCACUUCAGUUUACCAGAGUCAAACUGUGGAGGACGACAGAGAGUUUUCUGCGUCUGGUCCAGCAGAGACAGCAGAUGCGUCCUCCGUCCCUGAGGCCUCAAAUGAGCUCGCCACUGCCCUCGCUGCAGGGGCCAUCAUGGAGGUUGAGCGCCCUAUUGAGGAGCCUCAGGUUGACAUCUCCUCGGUGCAGUUUUUGGAGGCACCAGAAACAUCACCGAGAGCUUCUGUGCCUGAGAACGGGGAACCCACCACAUCCCCAGUCCUCAAGAGCCAGAUUGAGCCGUCUGGAGCUCCCGGAUAUGCUGAGUCUGACACCCCGGGCUACCUCUUUUUCGGAUAUGAAAACCCCACGCCUGCUUUGACCCUACCUGCGUCUUCUGACAAUGGAGACGUGUGUCAGAUGGCUUCAGCGAAGCCUAAAGAUCCGAAAAGAUUUCGUAGAUUUUCGAGGUGUCGCCGGUCACCUACUCUGCUGAAGAUAAGGGAAGCAUGGCUUAAAGCAUUUGCGGACCACAUGCCUCUUCAGAACCAGCAGGAUGUAGAGCUUGUAGCCAGUAGGGGACAAAAUCAGAUCCCUGAGGAGCAGCAACAGGAUGAACCUGGAAGACUUCAGCAGAGAGAUUUGAAUGAAAUAAUCCAUGAGCUUCUGUCUGGUCUUCAGUCUGCUCGUCCUCUCAGAACAAUGAGAGAACCGCAGGAUGAAGCAUUUGUGAAUCAGAUGCCUCAUCAGAACCAGCAGCAUGAGGAGGUUGUGGCCAGUAGGGGACAAAAUCAGAUCCCUGAACCACAGCCUGAGGAGCAGCAACAGGAUGAACCUGAAAGACCUCAGCAGAGAGAUUUAGUAGUGAAUGGAAGAGUCCGUGGGGUUCUGCGUGGUCUUCAGUCUGCUCGUCCUCUCAGAAGAAUGAGACAAUUGCAGGAUGAAGCAAUUGUGAACCACAUGCCUGAUCAGAACCAGCAGCAUGUGGAGGCUGUAGCCAGUAGGGGACAAAAUCAGAUCCCUGAACCACAGCCUGAGGAGCAGCAACAGGAUGAACCUGAAAGACCUCAGCAGAGAGAUUUAAUUGUGAAUGGAAGAGUCCGUGGGGUCCUGCGUGGUCUUCAGUCUGCUCGUCCUCUCAGAAGAAUGAGGGAACAGGAUGAAGCAUUUGUGAAUCAGAUGCCUCAUCAGAACCAGCAGCAUGAGGAGGUUGUGGCCAGUAGGGGACAAAAUCAGAUCCCUGAACCACAGCCUGAGGAGCAGCAACAGGAUGAACCUGAAAGACCUCAGCAGAGAGAUUUAGUAGUGAAUGGAAGAGUCCGUGGGGUUCUGCGAGGUCUUCAGUCUGCUCGUCCUCUCAGAAGGAGGAGGGAACAGGACGACAUUGUUAAUCUCCAGAACCCUCCUCUCCGGCCCCCUCUUGCUGGUCCCCCGCCUACCUACAUUCGCAGGAUGGUGGUGGGCAACAAUGGAGAUUUUGCACACCAUUGAUGAGGAAACUGAAAGAUCAGCCUCAAAGAUGAACAAAUAAAUCAAUAAAGACAUUUUUAAAGUGCAGAGUUCUGGAAUUAUAUUUAUGCUUUAAAGAGCAUCUUGUCCAUGCCACAGCCUACCUGAGUAUUGUUACUGACCAUAUCCAUCCCUUUAUGACCACAGUGUAUGACCAUACGUGUGGGUUUCCUCCGGUUUCUCCCACAGUCCAACAACAUGCGCUAUAGGUGAAUUGAAUAAACUAAAUUGGCUGUUG